GUGUGGAUCCAGUCCGGGUCCCAGCCUCCAGGGAGGGCUGCCGAGCUCUCCACAGCGCCGCCCUCCCUCUCCCUCCGCCGGGCUUCUUCUCCUCCACACGCCGCUCACAGCAGCGACCUGCAGCCGCGCUUCACCCGCUCCUCUUCUCCUCACCUUUUCUGCCCUUUAAAGACACCUACUCACCACUGAGAAGGGAUAUUGCACUCGUUUUUGAGGGAGUUUUUUGUAUUUCUCCGGUUCAUGGAUGGAGUCGUCCCCGCAGGAUUCGGCGAGCGAGCCGGGCAGGAGCGUCUCUGAGCCCGCUACACCAGCCGCGGAGACGCCGGCGAGCCAGAAGCUGGAGACUCCGCACCCGGCACCGGUCAGGACUCACGGUGGCUCCGGCUCCAAAGGUUUGUCAGUAGCUGUGAAGAAAACUCACUCAUCUCAAAUUGAAAUCAUCCCCUGUAAGAUCUGUGGAGAUAAAUCAUCAGGGAUCCACUACGGAGUGAUCACCUGCGAGGGCUGCAAGGGCUUCUUCAGACGGAGUCAGCAGAGUAACGCCACCUACUCGUGUCCUCGCCAGAAAAACUGUCUGAUCGACCGAACGAGCCGGAACCGCUGCCAGCACUGCCGUCUGCAGAAAUGUCUGGCUGUGGGAAUGUCCCGAGACGCUGUAAAGUUUGGUCGCAUGUCUAAGAAGCAGCGGGACAGUUUGUACGCUGAGGUCCAGAAGCAUCGUCUCCAGCAGCAGCAGCAGCAGCAGGGAUCCGUCCUCCUGAGCCGACCCAGCAUCGGCAGCCCGAGUCCUGGGGAGGCCGAGUCUCUGUCCCCCCACUACACGCUGUCCUCCAGCGGCCUCACAGAGCUGCCUGAUGAGGCUGGACGCUACCUGGAGCAGGACUCACCUGAGGGAGGCUCUCUGUCGUCCAAGGCCGACUCUGGUGGAGGAGGAGGAGAUGGUGGAGGUUUCUACCUGGACAUCCAGCCGUCUCCGGACCAAUCAGGGCUCGACAUUAACGGCAUCAAACCGGAGCCGCUGUGCGACUACGGGUCCAGUAACGGAUUCUUCCCGUACUGUUCCUUCAGCAACGGAGACGCUUCACCCACAGUGUCCAUGGCAGAACUCGAUCACCUGGUCCAGAUCAUCUCCAAGUCUCACCUGGAGACGUGUCAGUACCUGAAGGAGGAGCUGCAGCAGAUGAGCUGGCAGAGCUUCGAGCAGGACGAGGUGGAGACGUACCAGAGCAAGCCGAGGGAGGUGAUGUGGCAGCUGUGUGCCGUGAAGAUCACCGAGGCCAUCCAGUAUGUGGUGGAGUUCGCCAAACGCAUCGACGGCUUCAUGGAUCUCUGCCAGAACGACCAGAUCGUCCUGCUGAAGGCUGGUUCUCUGGAGGUCGUCUUGGUCCGAAUGUGUCGAGUGUUUGACUCCCAGAACAACACGGUUUACUUCGAUGGAAAGUUUGCGGGUCCUGAUGUCUUCAAAGCUUUAGGCUGUGAUGAUUUAAUCUCGUCUGUGUUUGACUUCGCUAAGAGCAUGUCUUCACUGCACCUGUCAGAGGACGAACUGGCUCUGUUCUCAGCGUUCGUUCUGCUUUCUGCAGAUCGGUCGUGGCUGCAGGAGAAGCUGCAGGUGGAGAAGCUGCAGCAGAAAACCCAGCUGGCUCUGCAGCACGUCCUGCAGAAAAACCAGAGGGAGGACGGAGUUCUCAACAAGCUCAGAGCGAAGGUGUCGGCGUUGCGUUCCCUCUGCAGUCGUCACACAGAGAAGCUGUCGGCAUUCAGAGCAGUUUAUCCCGACAUCGUUCGAUCACACUUCCCUCCUCUGUACAAGGAGCUGUUUGGAGCCGACCUGGAACUUGCUCUGCAGACCAGCGACUGACAGACGCUCCCUGCAGGACCGAGCUUCUGUAUCCAGAUCCUGGUUUCUACAGACCCUGAGAACGGACCGGCGACUCUCACCUCCAGAGACUGUGUGUGGACGCUGAACUCCUCGUGGACAAACAGAGACACAAACUUGUGCGGAUUCAGCGAGGAUCAGGUGGUUUUCUCUCUCCACCUUCAUUAACACAUCAGGAUCACGGACCUGGAUCAGAAACACUCUGACGUUAAAAAGCACUUUCAGUUCUCACACUGAAACCUGGUUUGUGUUUCCUUCACGGGAAUAUAAAGACAUUUUCAGUUACUUUUACUUCGGAAACAUGACGACUCUUUACAGGAUUAACGGUUGCUGACCAAUAACCAGCUCAAAGGACCAGACUCAUGCAGCUAAACUACUUUAACACAGCAGUCACCUGGCAUAAAGACAUGGAGAUACUGUAAUUAUUCCUCUUCUGCAUACUGACUGCGCAGUAACAACAGCAUAAAGGAUGAACAACAAAAUACACAGUUCCUGUACUUAAUAUGAGGCUUUAACAGUCUGACUUGAAAUCGCAAUUUCAAACAAUGCAUUACAGAUAUGCUCAUGCAUUUUUGAAAAUGAAAACAUAACGGAAAAAAGUUUUGUGUAAUUUAAUUUAAAAAAGGUAGACUUUUGUAUCUUCUGUAUUAAUUACAUGCAAAGUGAAAUCUUCAAGCCUUUUUUUGUUUUUAUUUAGAUAAUUAAGGCUUAAUAGCUCAUGAAAAUCAGAAAUUUAGUGUCGCAGAAUAUUAGAAAAUUACCUAACAUCAACCCAAAUUAGUAAAAAAUGCAUUUACAAUACAGAAAUGUCCAAUUAGUACAUUAUACGGCAAGUCUGACCCAGAGUUUAAACUGCUGUUACAAUGGGUUUUUUUAUAAAUUCAUGCCGUACUACUUCUGUAACAGUCACACUUUUCAUAGUAUCUCAUUUGCUAAUGCUUUUUCACUUGUUUUAAAUCUGUUAUACAGUGGACUGGAGAUUCACUUUAAAAAGUUAUAUUGCAAAAAAAACUACAACAUCUUUCAGAAAAAAUGCAAUUAAAUCUGCAUUUUUUCCUAAUUGGUUAGAUCCUGUCUGAACCACUCAAAAAAAAUGAAUAGAAAAAAUAUCAGCAAAAAGUGAGAUUUGUGUGGAGUAAUGAGGAAAGCUUUCACACAUUACCAUAUAAACCUGACAAAUGGCUCAUUUCCAUCAUUGCUUCUGCAUUACGUUUACCUCCUUUUCUUGCACAGUUUAAAUAUCCAGCAGAGACCAAAAACAUUAGUUGAUGAAUGCCUAACCCACAACAAUCAAACUAAAAACUUAUUAUAUUUCAAGAAAAAAUCAUUUCAAAUAAAAGGUAAGGUAGUUGAUUUGUAUGUUUGAGAUGCUAAAAUCUGGUUAUUUAUGACAUUUUUGCCGGAAUGAUCACAAAAUAGUUUCCAGUGACUCCCUGAUUUGUCAAGCGUCUGAUCAAUCUGAGCAUUUGGGUUCUCUUUAAGUAAACUAUCUGGUUGUUAAAUUCAAAACAAAGCAACAGAUUUUAUUAAGUUUUCAUAUGUUUUGUGUAUGAAAAGCAAAAUUUGUUCAAGGACUAAAGUUUUCACAUAAAGUGCUAUGAAAAGCAAGAUUAUUUUCUCAGAAAUGUAGAGGACAAUAAAUAACAAAAUUUGACUGAUGAAGCCUCAUGUUAGCUUCAGCUGAACUUUAUAAACAUCCCAACACAGAACAAAGGCUGUAGGAGUCAGUAUGGAGAGAAGGAAUGAUCACAGUUGUAACAGCGUUGUAUUAAUGUAGAUGUGAAAAUCUAAUCUAAAGACUGACAGAAAACGGCUCAUUUUUGUUCAGUACUGAUCAGCUAACACUGACAGAUAAUUAGUCAGAGCUGCAACUCUCAUCCACCUUACUGAGGAGGUUUUUCAACCCAAAACUGUCACAUCUGCAGAUAUCUCAUUUGAAAAAGACAAGUUUUUGAACUAGAAUCAACUCAACCUGCUAGCUGUUACCCCUUUUACACCAGGACAGCUGGGUGAAAAAUCCCACAUUGGUUCUACAGCAGACAAGGAACCGGAUCUCUGGAGGAAACUGGUUCCAGAGCAGCACCAACACUUCACUGGUCUGCAGCAGCGACUCCUAAACUUUUCAACCCCAAAAAUAACGCCGCCGGAGACCUCCGAUCCCCAACUAUCACCAACAGGGGUUGGCCAAUCCAAACACAGAAGAACAACAUCCAACAACCAAUCUGACAUUUUAUAGUGUAUAGUUCAGGAAGACACUGAUCAACUGCUGUCCGGAGAUUUAUUAAAAAUCCGUCCAAUGCUCCAAUUAAAGCCUUGAAAUGGUACACAGCCCCUUUCUAUUGCAGGUCAGACAAACACUGAUGUCAACACUCCAGCUAAAUCUCUACUUCCUUCUCUCAGUUUGUUGCUUUGCAUCAAAUGCAUCAGUUCAGAUUUCUGUUGUUUUGUUUGGAUUAUUCAGUUUAUGGAAGAUGUUCACCUUCAUCUUUCCUCUCAGCUUGUUUUAUUUGAUUAUCAGCUACAAAAAGGCUCAGAAGGCUGAAAAUACAUAUUCUUGAAGGUCAGUGAACACAUCUGGUUGAUCCGUAAGUUAAAAAACUCCUGUUUAUUUUUUGAAACACUCGCUAUUUAGAGUCAGAUGACGGAAACGGACAAAAGCGUGGAAGGAAACUGAUCCACUGAAGGGUUUUUAAGCAGGGUGGUCUAACUUAAUUUCUGUAGUUUUUGAGAAAAAUAGACAAGACAAAACAAGACAUUUGAGGCUUUGAGAAACACUGAUUUUAUCAACCAGAAACCCUACAGAUUAAAACAACUGUUAGUUUGAGUCCUAAUCCACAUCCUCAGUCAUGUUCCUGUUGAGCAGUCAGUCGUUUUGUUUUUCUUCCUGACUUUUUCUUUUCCAGACAAAACAAGACAACAAAGCAGCGUUUCUUCCUCCAGUCAGAAGGUUGUCAUCUUGUUUUCUAGCAGUCGACCACAUGUGCAAACCCGAGAUUGUAGUUUUGAGUCUGCAGCUGUCUGCGGUGACGGAGGCAGAAGCCAUGAAUCGGAUUGAAACCAGGACAUUCUGCUGUUUUUCAGAACUGUAGAACUUCAAAUGUCGUGUCUCUGCUCUGUGGUGCUCACUGACCCUGUCUGGACCUUUUUUUUUUUUUAAACAUUUAAAACGGCAAUGCUCUAAGUUGUAGAUGCAAAAGAUAAAAAAAAAAUUAAUACUGGUUCUACUUUAUCAGACAGUAUCAUCUAAACUAAUUUGUGAGGUUUUUACACUUUUUUUUGGAGAUCUCAUGAGUAAAGUCUGCACAAAUCCCACAAGUUUGUGGUAAAUUAAGCACUUAUUGUUCGAUCCUUCAAGCAUCCUGCAGAUGAUUUUUGUCUUGUACUGGUGCCGGUAGUGUCACAAAGGAAACCGAACAAAAACUAGCAAGAAAAAAUAAGAGAGCUGUCACAAAUCUAGAUAGAGCUUAACUCCACAUCUAGAACAGGACCGUCCACAUAACUGAAUAUAAUUCCUGCAGAUUCAAGUCAUUCUGGACUUUGAAGUGAAAGAAAACACCUGCAGUACGUCUUUCUUCUUCCUCACCUGUUUGUCUGCUGCUGCUUUAGCUGAUCUCACCUGUCAGCAGUGAGUCAGUAGCUCCCCCUGGUGGCGCUGACGCUAAAAUGCAGAAUAUUUUAAUUUCCUUGCAAUUCAUGUUUUUUACGUUUGCAUGAGCAGCAACACUUUUCCACUAACAGUUACAUUCAUUAUGAGUUAAUUAAACUCAUCUUAAUACAUAUUUGUGUCAAUCUGUGAAGCAGGUCAACCGAUAAAACAUUCAAAAACUACAUUUAAACAGCUGACAGUGUCGUUCAUAAAAGUAUAAUUUUAAAUAAAAGCAUAAAACAGAAGAAAUCCUCACAUGUGUGAAGCUCAGACCAGAAAACAGGAGCUGGUAAAUGAUUCAUUAAUUAUCAAAAAUGAUCCAGAGUGAAUUCUGGAUUCUCAUAUUGAUCAUAAUCUGCAUUUACACGCCAGAAAACAGAAGAAAAAUCAUUCCAGCAUCAAUGGAUUCAGGAUUCAGCGUGAUUAAAGCAAUAUAACGAAACGAACUAUGCUGAGUGAAGAGCAGGAAAUAACAAUGUGUUGCACUAUCUACAGUCUAACAGAGUGCUGGGAGCUUUUUAUUAUUCAGGUUAAUUCUUUAAAAAAGGCCAAAGACCAGCGGCUCAGACAUCCUGACUUUCCCAAAAACUCUCAAAUCCUACAUCUCCCAUGAUUCAACGGGCAUGUCACAUGUCAAACUCCCCACUAGCAGGUGUUUCUUCACCAAAAGUUUAGCUUCCCAUUCGGUAAUGUGCAGGAAUUUUCAACGUAUUGAUAUUUGUGUUUUCACAGUGAGUCUAAAGCUUCAAGAAAAAGGAGCAAAUCAGUCUGUGAAAGAAUUAAAUGUGCAACAAAUGAGUGUGGUCUUCACUCAGUCAGCCAUAAACCACUCAAACCAAACUAUUUCUUAAAAAGGUUGAAGACCCUAAUUAAACACGAAGACGACUCCCUGCCUGGUGUCUCUGGGAGGUGAAACUGAGCUGAAUUUAUCUUGUUUCCUUCAGUAAAAAUAAAAAGAGUAACUUCAGAUUUGAAAAAAGUCACAGGAGACAUUUAUGGGUUUAUAUAUUCCUCUACAGUGCCACUUUGCUGUAGCACUAACAGUAAAACUAGACUAAAUUUGGGUGAAAUGUUAACAUCUGUAGAUUCUAAUCUUCAUUUUAAAGCCAUCUGAUGACUGUAUUUUUAAGAUAUGACAAUGCAGUGGGAUCUCAAAGACAUUUUACGGGAGAGUCACAUCACAGUGGUUUAGAUCAGCUGAAAAGUGGCUCCUCUUCUCCCACCUACAGCAUGAAUCAGUCAGUAACUCUUCAGCUACCUUCAAACAACCAACCAAACUGGAUUAACAUCAAUCAACCACCUGCUUCAUCUCCAAAGCCCCAACAACAAUCAGUAUUUCUGGCAAAUAAUGAACUUUAGCCAUAACCGAAUGUCAAGCAAUAAUGUAAAUGUUGUAUUUUUAAUCUUUGUGUAUAGUUUUUAAAACACGGCAUGUCGAUGCGGAUUCUAAUUUAAAGUUAGGAUUAAUUUAUCUUCUGACUCUUCUGUGUUAUUUUCGUCUCGACCCGUAUGGUAAUCACACGUUUUUCUCCCUCCGGGCCACUUUACGGUGACUUUAUGAAUUAUUCUGUACAGGAAAAACACGGCGACCGAUGCAUCUGUUGAUUUCUGAGCAUCAUCGUGUAAGAUAUCUGGUUUGAUAUGCACAGCUCUCAGUUUAGCUUUAGUUUAGUAACGGAGAGCGUUUUGUGUUUUUAAUAAGCGUGUGGUGCUUUUUGUUAGCAGAGGUCUGGAUUUUACCAACUAUGCCACAUUGUAUGUUUCUUCACAGGGUAACAAACACGCGGAAAAGGAAUAUUCUGGUUUUUAACAACGUGACGGGAACAUUUUCAGAACGGCAGCAGGUCGUUUAAUGACGCCCAAUCAAAACGCAGCUUUUACAGAAACUAAAAUUCAGGGUCAUCUCUUUGGAGGGAUUUUCAAAGCAGGAAAUUUCCACCGGAUUUCCGUCCUAAGUUGUACAAAACCAGAAUUUUGCUUUGAAGUAUUGUGAUGCUGAAUCGUCAUAGUACAGGACGUUAUUGCCGAGGCUGCACCUGUAUCAGCGUGUCAGACUCGGACUGUCGGUUUCUUUGUUUAAGUUGCUAAAACGUGACUUUUUUUGAUACAAAACAGAGCUGCUGUAUCUGACAUGUAAAAAAAACAAUAAAACAGAGAAGAGAGAAAUGCA